AUGUUCUUUUUAUUGUUUUCUUAUAAUUGUUUAUUUAAACAUUUUGUAACAUCUCUCGCAUAUUUCACAAUUCAUCUAUCUAUCUAUCUAUCUAUCUAUCUAUCUAUCUAUCUAUCUAUCUAUCUAUCUAUCUAUCUAUCUAUCUAUUGGCUUCAAUAUGUUCAUAUCUAUCUAUCUAUCUAUCUAUCUAUCUAUCUAUCUAUCUAUCUAUCUAUCUAUCUAUCUAUGUAUCUGUCUGUCUGUAUGACUGUAUUGUUAUUCAUUCACAAUCAUAUCUGGAAUUAUUUUCACCGUUUGGCUAUCAUAUAUGGGCAGGAGAAACCUGUCUCACUGACCAGGUCACCAGAUAAGUCAUCAUGGACCACUAAUAGGCCAAUACGAAAAAAUAGUUUAAUCGCCCCAGAUGGGCAGGAGAAACCUGCCUCACUGACCAGGUCACAAGACAAGUCAUCAUGGACCUCUAAUAGGCCAAUACGAAAAAAUAGUUUAGUCGCCCCAGAUGGCCAGGUGAAACCUGCCUCACUGACCAGGUCACCAGACAAGUCAUCAUGGACCUCUAAUAGGCCAAUACGAAAAAAUAGUUUAAUCGCCCCAGAUGGGCAGGGGAAACCUGCCUCACUGACCAGGCCACCAGACAAGUCAUCAUGGACCACUAAUAGGCCAAUACGGAAAAAUAGUUUAGUCGCCCCAGAUGGGCAGGAGAAACCUGCCUCACUGACCAGGUCACCAGAGAAGUCAUCAUGGACCUCUAAUAGGCCAAUACGAAAAAAUAGUUUAGUCGCCCCAAAUGGGCAGGAGAAACCUGCCUCACUGACCAGGUCAUCAGACAAGUCAUCAUGGACCUCUAAUAGGCCAAUACGAAAAAAUAGUUUAAUCGCCCCAGAUGGGCAGGAGAAACCCGCCUCACUGACUAGCUCACCAGACAAAUCAUCAUGGGCCUCUAAUAGGCCAAUAAGAAAAAAAAUGCGCAUCAUUUUACGGACACGUGGGUGCUUUACCAGGGAUAUAGCUCCUGAAGGUGCUAUCGGCCCUGGAUUCGCAGUGACAGUAGAAACCGACUCAGCAGCAUCCCGUUCAGCAGCAGCUGUCUCACCAACACCAGCACGACCAACUGCAGGAGAAGCAGGAGGAGCAACUGAUGGCGGUGAAGAAGAUGCCUCACUUAAAUCCUCUUUGCUCAAGAGGUGGAGGGAAGAUGAUGAGAAGGGGAGAAGGACCAAAGCAGAAAGUUGUGAUCUAUCUAUCUAUCUAUCUAUCUAUCUAUCUAUCUAUCUAUCUAUCUAUCUGCAUGUCAGAACUAUCAGUUUUCCCGUAACCGUUAUUCUGCUAUCUAUCUAUCUAUCUAUCUAUCUAUCUAUCUAUCUAUUUAUCUAUCUAUCUAUCUAUCUAUCUGAUUUCUCAGACUUUAUGCUUUGUGUAACCAUUAUUCAGCCCAUAUCUAUCUAUCUAUCUAUCUAUCUAUCUAUCUGCUUUCUCAGCCUUUAUGUAACCAUUAUUCAGCCCAUAUCUAUCUAUCUAUCUAUCUAUCUAUCUAUCUAUCUAUCUAUCUAUAUCUGCUUUCUCAGCCUUUAUCCCAUAUCUAUCUAUCUAUCUAUCUAUCUAUCUAUUUUAUCUGUUUUUCUGCUUUCUCAGGCUUUGUGUAACCAUUAUUCAGCCCAUAUCUAUCUAUCUAUCUAUCUAUCUAUCUAUCUAUCUAUCUAUCUAUCUAUCUAUCUAUCUAUCUGCAUCCCAUAUCUAUCUAUCUAUCUAUCUAUCUAUCUAUCUAUCUAUCUAUCUAUCUAUCUAUCUAUCUAUCUGUUUUUCUGCUUUCUCAGGCUUUGUGUAACCAUUAUUCAGCCCAUAUCUAUCUAUCUAUCUAUCUAUCUAUCUAUCUAUCUAUCUAUCUAUCUAUCUAUCUAUCUAUCUAUCUGCUUUCUCAGCCUUUAUGUAACCAUUAUUCAGCCCAUAUCUAUCUAUCUAUCUAUCUAUCUAUCUAUCUAUCUAUCUAUCUAUCUAUCUUUCUCAGACUUUUUCCCAUAUCUAUCUAUCUAUCUAUCUAUCUAUCUAUCUAUCUAUCUAUCUAUCUAUCUGCUUUCUCAGCCUUUAUGUAACCAUUAUUCAGCUAUAUCUAUCUAUCUAUCUAUCUAUCUAUCUAUCUAUCCAUCUAUCUAUCUAUCUGAUUUCUCAGACUUUAUGUAUCAUUAUUCAUAUCUAUCUAUCUAUCUAUCUAUCUAUCUAUCUAUCUAUCUAUCUAUCUAUCUCCCAUAUCUAUCUAUCUAUCUAUCUAUCUAUCUAUCUAUCUAUCUGCAUCAGAACUAUCAGUUAUCUAACCGUUAUUCUUUCAUCAUCUAUCUAUCUAUCUAUCUAUCUAUCUAUCUAUCUAUCUAUCUCCCAUAUCUAUCUAUCUAUCUAUAUCUAUCUAUCUAUCUAUCUAUCUCUUUCAGCCUUUAUGUAACCAUUAUUCUAUUAUCUAUCUAUCUAUCUAUCUAUCUAUCUAUCUAUCUAUCUAUCUAUUUGUGUCUGUUGGCUAUUUAG